CACACUACACUCUUCCACAAACCUCAAAAGGAGCUCCCUUUUCCCUUUUUCUCUCUAUUCUCCCUCCCUACUUGUUUCCUUUUAUUCUUGCCCUUUUCGUUUCGUUGGGUUUUGUUUAGUCUUUCUUUAAGGGUUUUCUUUUGAGAUUGCUCUUGUGGGUUUCUUCGUUUCUAUGGCUUUGGAAGAAGGCAGAGUGUUGGCUGUGAGGAAGGAAUCUAUGGCUGCUCUGCUACUGUUUUUCCUUUUGGCCGUCUCAGCAGUUUCCGCUGAUGAAGAUGCCUUCAUCGGUGUAAACCUUGGUACAGACCUCUCUGACAUGCCAAGCCCAACUCAGGUGGUGGCACUUCUUAAAGCUCAAAAUAUUCGACAUAUCAGGCUCUAUGAUGCAGACAGAGCCAUGCUCCUCGCUCUUGCAAACACAGGCAUCCAAGUGACUGUUUCUGUUCCCAAUGAUCAGCUCCUUGGGAUUGGUCAGUCCAAUGCCACUGCUGCCAACUGGAUUGCCCGCAAUGUGAUAGCCCAUGUCCCUGCCACCAACAUCACUUCUAUAGCUGUUGGAUCUGAAGUCCUAAGUGCCCUCCCAAAUGCUGCUCCAGUCCUAGUUUCUGCCCUAAAAUUCAUUCACUCUGCACUUGUCGCGUCUAACCUUGACCGCCAAAUUAAAGUCUCUACUCCACACUCUUCAGCCAUUAUUCUUGACUCCUUUCCACCGUCCCAAGCCUUCUUCAAUCGCUCAUGGGACCCUGUCAUGGUUCCCCUGCUCAAAUUUUUGCAGUCUACAGAUUCAUAUCUCAUGCUCAAUGUCUACCCGUAUUAUGAUUACAUGCAAUCAAACAGUGUAAUCCCCUUGGACUAUGCACUUUUCCGCCCUCUCCCUCCAAACAAGGAAGCUGUGGAUGCUAAUACACUACUGCAUUAUACUAAUGUCUUCGAUGCAAUUGUUGAUGCAGCGUAUUUUGCAAUGUCCUAUCUAAACUUCACUAAACUCCCCAUUGUAGUGACCGAGUCAGGUUGGCCCUCCAAGGGUGACUCAUCAGAGCCAGAUGCCACACUUGAUAAUGCCAACACUUACAAUAGUAACUUAAUUAAGCAUGUGCUUAACAACACAGGGACUCCUAAGCAUCCUGGGAUUGCUGUUAGUACUUACAUUUAUGAACUCUACAAUGAGGAUUUGAGACCUGGAUCAGUCUCUGAAAAGAAUUGGGGACUUUUUAAUGCAAAUGGAGUGCCAGUUUAUACCUUGCACUUAACAGGUGCUGGAACUGUGUUGGCAAAUGACACGACAAAUCAAACCUUUUGUGUUGCGAAGGAGGGUGCUGACCAAAAGAUGCUACAGGCAGCCUUGGACUGGGCUUGUGGACCGGGGAAAGUUGAUUGCUCACCUUUGCUGCAGGGGCAACCAUGUUAUGAGCCAGAUAAUGUGCUUACACACGCAACAUAUGCUGUCAAUGCCUAUUUUCAGCGGAUGGCUAAGUCUCCUGGGACUUGUGAUUUCAAAGGGGUGGCUACGGUUACUACCACAGACCCAAGUCAUGGCACUUGUAUAUUUCCAGGAAGUGGUGGAAGAAACAGCAGUUUCAUCAAUGGCACAUCACUGGCUCCAUCUUCAAAUUCCACAACUUCUGGGGGCCUUUCACUAUUUUUCUACAGUGGCGGUUCCUUCACAAGCUCUGUGAUCAUUGGUCUCUUAGUUUUGAGUGCAGUUUUCUUGUAGAACAACAUGAAUUUGUAUUUUCUGCAACUCUUUUGAUAGAACUGAAAUAUUUUUCAGAGAUUCAGCUUGGCACCUGUUGGGAAACUUGCAGCAGUACCCAAUUUUGUACCCUCCCAAGAGGAAUUAGGGGGUGGCAAGCUUGAUUGAACAUAUAUAGCCAGCAAAGUGGUUGAAAGUGAGUUGUCCAUUGGAAUUUGUAGAAACAAAUCAGAGGGGAUCAUUUAGGAUUAUUUUCUGUAACUACCUCAUUUGCGUGAUUUUCCAUCAAAGGUAAAAAUUCUUUA